UGACAGAUGUUCGAGAGAUUGCGUUUCGUGACUCUACUUGCCUCAAAUGGCAGGGAGACUGCAUCAGCGGAAGUGAAUGUUUGGUUUCAAUCCGGGGCGGAAGGAGUUUUUUGUAUGCUAAACAUCACUCCACACUGCAGAUAUACAGAUCCCAAUGGCUCUUCCACAGCAGCCAACAGCACUGGGCUCAGGUCUGGAGUCCCAGCCACUGGUCGCCACAGUCAGCGGCAAUGUCCAGAAAUAUGCCAUGAAAAAAAAGAAAGUUCUGAAUGCAGAGGAGACAGACCUGUUUGAGCUCACACAGGCUGCAGGCAUUGCUGUGGAUCAGGAGGUCUUCAAGAUCAUUGUGGAUCUGUUAAAGAUGAAUGUGCCCCCCCUGGCAGUGUUCCAGAUGCUCAAAGCAAUGAGUGCUGGACAGAGAAUCGCUGACACCUCCGCAGGAGAGAGUUCCUCCACUGGGUUACAGAGCGCCACGCCGGAGCCCAGAGUAGAAGAAUCAUUUGUCUCUGCCAAGAACAGUAAAAUCCCGGCACCACUCUCCUUUUCCUCUUCCCUUCGGCCUCCAAGACUAACCACUAAGAUGGUGGUCUGCGGUCCUGCUGAUGCUUGCUCGCCUCUCUCUCAAGGUCCCCCUGGUUCCUUCCAGUUUUCUUGCUGCCUGUUCGCACCCUUUGCAGUGAGAAACAAGCCAAGCCCUGUUGUGUGUAGCAGCCAGGUCCCAGCAGAGAGGAGUGGGCGUGACAGCUCCAGCCAGCGAGCUCCUCGCCAGCCCAGCGCCUCCAGGCUGCACAAGUCUGGGAAAAGCACAGGCAGCAGCAGCUUACAGCACAGCUCCAGUUAAUUACAGCGCACUGUCCAGCUCUGCGCUGCAACGGUCUGUCCCAAGGACUGACACGUCCACCUGUCUGUGGCACCAGACAUUUCUAUUGGACAAUACAUCAACAUUUUAAAAAAAGGCAUAUUAAAACAGUGUGUUUAAAAACAAAGCCCUUAGGUCGGUGUUGCCUAGCUAGUCACGUUCAAGUCAGUAUUUUGACAGCAUGUUGUGUAACGGCACAAGGAGUGUUCAAUAAGACGAAUAAAACAACUGUAACACGAAAAACAAACUAGCUGAAAAGAGGUUUUGUUUUUGCUGGUUGUAAUUCUGUUGCUUCGUAGUUGCACCUCUUGUCAUUAUUCCACACCUCCACACCCGUGAUUCCAGACUGGGGACAGCAGCAUAGACAGAAAUAUUACUGAAAUUACCCUGACACCUGAUAAUGCAUUGUUCCCCAAGCUCAGGGAGCAAUUUAUUCAUAUAAACGCUUCUGUUAUGUUGUUGUGUUAUUUAUAAGCUUCCUUCUCCAAACUCUUGAUUAAGAAGUAAUUGAGAGGCAGGUGUAGAGGGGUGAUUGACUGAACACAAGGUACAAGCAAUGUUACGUGUGUGGGUUUCUGUCAGUCUGAAUGCUGGCUCACACCUUGUGACUGGGACGGGUCUCCCAGUAUAUAGAUGGACGGGACAGGAGUGUAGCGGAGCAGGAACAAAGCGGCUGAACUAUAAAAAAACAGUCCAAUAACUAAUCACGGGCUAUAGACAGCGAAACGGAGCGAGGCAGUCGUGACACUGUCAAAGAGGUGUGGAUUGCUGGACAAACUGGACGCUUGUUAUUAGACUAGUGGAAACAGGACCAUUUUAAACCUUUGUGUUUUUACGUUCAAUGCAGUUUCUUUUAUACUUUCAGCAUUUUAUUGGUCUUUUUACACGGAAAGCUACAGGCAGCUCUUCUGGGCAGUUCCUUCAAAACAGUGGGAACCUGCUAGAGGCAGCGACUUAAACAGCAUGAUGUUUAGGGGUUUCUAUGAUUCACGUUAUUGCUCCUUUACAGUUUUGCUUUAUAUUAGUUUAUUAUGUAUACUGGUUUGCAGUUUUCACGUGAUUGUGUUUGUGUGCUGCAUUUUUGGGUAUGUAGUUUUGAUUUUAUUUAUGGUUCUUUUGGCCACUGUGGUGGUUACAACUAACUGCCUCUAGGGGUCCCUUGCUGUGUUGUCCCAGAUUUGGUUUUAGGUUUGCUGCCCAGGGUAGCUGCCUUGCGUUUGAGUGUUUGUACAUUUUAUAUUCAUUUUUGCUUAAUAAAGACCCUUGAAUAUUA